GAAGACUUUUUUCGGUUUGGCAAGCACACGCGCUGUUUAGGUUGUGCAGAAUAUUUAAUAAACUGCUGUUGAGUAUUUGGAAAUUUCUUUCAUGGAUAGAAAGAGAAAGUUCAGCUCUUUGCUCCUAUCCGUCCUCAGUGCUAUACUGAAGUUAAUCAUUGUCACUGCAGUAUCCGACGAAGGCGGUAAUGUCGAGAUUACCACAGAUCUGUUUUAUCAACCGGGUAACUUUUCUGAUGCCAGUGCUGAAGCGGGAACUGGUCCAAGACUGUGGCCAAAUCGCACAGCGAUUCCUUAUUACAUCAGCAGCGAAUUCGACAAGCCACAGCAAGACCUGAUCACGAAAGCACUCCGAAUUAUGGAGAAAAAGACAAAUGGCUGUAUUUCGUUUACGGCCAGAACGGACGAAUGGGAUUAUAUUUAUUUUAAGCGCAUGUAUUCCGGCGGGUGUGAGUCGGAACUUGGACACAAAGGUUCUUAUCAGUACAUCUAUUUAGCGGUACCCAGCUUAUUCUCAUCCGCGGACUGUAUGUACAUUGGGAAAAUACAACACGAGGUUAUGCACGCAUUGGGUUUUGACCACGAACAUGAGCGCCCGGAUCGAGACCAGUAUGUUGACAUACGCCGUGGAAAUAUUGAUUCUGAUGAAUACGAACGAAAUUUCGCUAUCAGUGGAACAAUGUACACUUUUGGAACCAAAUACGACUACAAUUCUAUCCUUCACUAUGGUACGUUUCAUGGCAUCCAAGAUGUAGUCCAACCCUGCAUAGUACCUAAGAAAGGACUGAUUGUGCGCAUGGGCCAAACCCUUCGCAUGAGUUCGACAGAUGUGGCAAAAAUCAUGAUUGCCUACAAGUGCCCAUUGACUGUGAUUCCUGUGGUCGCAGAAGCUGCUAUCAGCGAUGAGUUCCCGAAUUUCUCCCUGGAACCGAUGACCGACGACGAGUGUUGCGUGCAGUUCAACAGGUACUGCAAUUCCGACAUCACAACGCCUUAUAACUGCGCAAAGCGGAGAGAUUAUCGUAUCAUGUGCCAGUCAAAAGCACCGGUUGACGUGCUGGAACGAAUGACGCUGGCUAUGACAGCGAAGCCCUUGCGCCUUGUGUCGAUCAGUGCAGAAGAGGAACUGAUAUCUAAGUCCUCGUUUACGCCCAUACAACGCCAGGUUUUGAAGCUGCAGCUGUGGAACUGCACCACAGACCGAGUGACCUCUAGGUUGCAGAAACUGAAUUUCAGCAACCUCCUGCAUUUCGAGCUUUACAACUGUUAUAACUUGGAUAUUGAAAAGGCAGACUUCGGGGUUUCUCCGCGACUGCGAAUCAUUUUGUUCUUAAACAGUACGAUUUAUGCCCUCCAGAUAGGUUCCUUCAUGGACCUGCCAAGCCUGCAGAUCCUUUCUUUGGAAGCGCUGUCAGACAGUCAAAAAUAUUACAACUUCGUACCGGCAUAUCGCACUCAUUUGCGGAACCUUCACUGCAGCUGCGAAUUCGCUUGGUAUCGAUCUUGGUGGCGCGAAAACAAAAGACUGCGGCUUCGUACGGAAGCUGGGGAGCUGUAUUCCUUUGAGGGACCUAGUGCUGGGACGUUUUUCAGCAGCGACGAGUUUACGAGAGAAGACCUCUAUCAUCCCAUCAACUGCAGCGCUGAUCCGUUUCCACUUAGCACGGAAUGGAUUAAUUAUUACACGCAAACUGAUUACUCGGUUAAUGAACCAAACUGCAACGCGUCAACAUCUGCUGUCAUUACAAGCUCCAACGCCACGCAAAGUCAAAACUGGCUUUUGUCUUGGAACUGGCUUCGUUUAAGUAUUUAGUGACCAAAAGACUUUGCUUAAAAUGCAUUUCAUUUGGGGCUAAACUUGCUUAUUUGCUGUCAUUCAUCAUAAUAAAUUCCACAAAAUUUAUAUACACCGUUCGUUCAUAAAGUACUGUACAUACAACACUG